AUGCGUUCAAAAACUCCUUUAAUCUGUCUUCUAGCUUCAAUCUCAAUAGCGUCCGCGACUCAUCUUUCGGAUUCGUUGUUGAACAAAGUCUACAAUGUUAUGAAUGAAAUCAACGUCGAAAGUUGGGAGAAUGGUACGAAAUCAAUCGCGAUUAUAGAAUCUAAAUAUCCUGACUUAUCAGUAUUCACAUCCAACACACCUUUCUCAGUCCUCAAUGGACUUCAAUCGGGUCAAAUAUCGGAAAUCAUAGGUAUAGCAGAAACGACAAUGAAUAAUCGACCUGCAUCAAAUAACUCUGCUUCUGCGCGUGGAGGAGGUACUUUACUCACAGAUGGAGCAGCUGGUGAUCCUGCAAGUUUGGGAAUCGCAAUUCUAUUAGCGAACGCAUCAACCAAUAAUCAACAGGUUAAAGGAGUAGGUUAUGGAGAUGCAGCCACAGCAGAAUUAGAUUACCUAUUGUAUGAUGUGCCAAGAACAUCUUCUGGAGCUAUAUCCCACAGAGCAGACCAAGCUCAAUUAUGGUCAGAUAGCGUUUACAUGGUUCCCCCUUUCCUUGCUUACUAUGGUGCCUACCAUAACAACCAAACCCUACUUCAAGAUGCAUACCAACAAUGUUCGCUGUAUCGAGAUACCCUUAAGCAGUCAAAUGGGUUAUGGAACCAUAUCAUGUUAGGAAGUGGAACCUCUGAUCCUCAUGAUUGGGCAACAGGAAACGCAUGGGCAGCCACUGGAAUGUUGAGAGUAUGGGCUACCAUAACGAAAUCAAGUUUUGCCAGUGAUAUGUCAAGUCAAAUGAACGACUUGCAAUCGUGGAUCGAAGAGAUAUUUGAUGCUUCAUCAGGAUACAUUACAAGUGACGGUUUAUUCCAUAAUUACAUUUCCGAUAAUUCCUCUUUCAAGGAUACAUCCGGUACAGCUCUGAUGGCAUCUACAGGACUUCGUUUAUCAACGUUGAACAUAACAGACAAUUACGUGCCUAAUUCUCUCAAGUUACUAGCGGCAGUCUCAUCCUACAUAAACUCAACAGGAUAUUUGACUCAAGUUGUGAACCCAUACGAUUUCACUAAAGAAGGUACAUAUUCCCCUGAGGGACAAAGUUUCGUCGUGAUGGCUUAUGCAGCGUAUAAAGAAUGGGAUAGUCUAGGAAGAAAAGGUUCAAAUGCAGGAAAAGAUGAUCCUCUUGGAAGUAGUAGUUCAGCUCUAAAGCAAUUUGCUUUACCUGGAAUAUCGGCUGGAUUAAUCAGCGCAGUCUUGGGGAUCUGGGCAAUGAUCUAA